AUGUUGAAUUUUAUCCUUUUCGCGGCGCUGGGCGCAGCCACAAUCACAAUUGUUGAUCCUAGCGACUACGCAGAUCUUUCAGCAGAUGCGGCAGAUGACGCCCUCACGGCAGACUGGGACUAUCAACCAUUGUCAUAUCAGGCCUAUGAGAUCACUGGUCCCUAUGUUUACAGCGGCGAAGAUAAGGAGAUCUCUCACAAGACACUCUCCGUUUCAGCCAACGACACUAGCGUGGUGGUCAUCACUGAGGAAUCACAAGUGAACAUCUCAGACUCCACUAUUAUUAAGCAUGGCUACUCGACCGAUCUGUACCAGGCUAGCUUCUACGGAUUGAAUGCAGCAGUUAAUGUGGCCAAUACUUCAGUCGCCCAUAUGGAUAACGUCAAUGUUACUGUUCACAAUGGAGCAGCUAAUAUAUAUGUCUACGGUAACAAUUCAUACGCUUAUGUUUCGAACUCGAUUUUAUAUAGCUCUGGCCCUGUCUCCCACGGGCUCUACGCUGCUGGAUAUGGAACAGUCGUUGGCAAGAAUCUUCGGCAUUAUUCGGGGGCAUACCGAUCUUCAUCCUUCGCCGGCGACAGUCCUAAAGGAUAUGUCUACGUGUAUGAUUCCGUCGCCCAUACUGCCGGCAUUGGUAGUGCCAUAUUUUACGGGCAAGGGACAGUCUAUGCUGAGAAUGUCAUUGGAAAUGCCCAAAAGGCUCCAGUUGCAUUUUUGGAUGGCGCCCAAAUAGACAUCCAUGAUUCAGACCUCACUGCCGGAUUACUUGCAGGUGCCGUUAUAUUCUCUUCGGGAGACCGUGAGUCAGGGUCCUCAGUCACCUUCACGGGCUCUCGGCUCACUGUUCUGCCGGAGGAUGGGGCCGGCUUGUGGUUUGGAAAUGUGAUUGCCAGCGCAAGCCUCGUGCGUUCCCAAAUCAAUACCACGUCGGGGAUUCUGGUUGCUGCCAAUUACUCGCAAGUAACACAAGACUUCACAUAUUUUGCGGACUCCACUGCGCCUGCUGAAGCUACCAUCACCGUCUCCGAAUCUAAUCUGACGGGAGAUCUUGUUGCCUAUAAUGGAAGCACGAUCAGCUGGACCCUAGGCAACCACUCCUCGUGGACAGGCUCGGCGUAUUCUGGGUAUGAGAGAGCGUACUUCUCUGUAUCCCUUGAUGCUACCUCUUCUUGGACUCUAACUCGGGACACUGUGUUGACGAAUUUCACUGAUGCCGAUACGACUUUCUCAAAUAUUCAUACUAAAGGCUAUAAUAUUUACUAUGAUUCCAGUGCUAAAGGGAGUCAGUGGCUGAAUGGAGCAACCAGAAAGAUGCACGGUGGAGGUUUCCUGAAGCCUGCGACCAAGAAGCAGCUGCAGCACCCCUAUUAA